UUUAAAAUAUUAGCAAAAUAAGUCGUGAUUUGGGUCCAUCGUUCAAGGUGAAUUGCCGGCUGUUACUAUGAAUGAUUGGCAUAUAAAGAAAUCAUUCUGCUCGGUCAAUACUGAGAAAAUUAACCUCUUAGGUGAACUGAACACUUCUAUUGAAGAAUUCUUCAGAUUCUCUGUGACACUUCAGAUUUUAUGUCAGUCUAAUUUUUAUUCAGGUUGGUUGUCAGUAAUUUGCUGAGAUAUUUAUGGUGUACCUUUCUGAUUAUCUUAACAAAAUGUAUCAAGGACGUUAAGUUAGCAGACCUGGUCUUUAAUUUUACAUUUUCUUGAAUGCUCUAUCCAUGAGAUACAAUGAUUGGGCAAAACAGUGUUGUUGGAACGGCUUAGCCCAGGUACCUCCUUAGGGGAGUUGGAACUCCUGCCUAAUGACUGGUACAUCAACCACCAAAGUGAGUUUUGUCUGUAGAUUGCCAAAGCUUUGCUUUAGUGAUGGUCACGUAGUUGGGAUGAAAGGAAGUACUAUUGCUAUACGAUAAUCAAUCAGCCCGUCAUCUGCUUCCACGUGUGAGAGCUGUGUUUCUGGUCUGGGGUUUCCGGUGCCCUGAGACGUGGGGGAGAAGGCUGCCGUGCUAGGUGUUGGGGAUGUUCCCGGCAGUGCAUUUAUGGUGACGUGGUUUUCAUAUCCAGUGUUCUGUCACUAUCUGACGCACAAUACAACUUCAAAACUAACGCUUUCAUAGAAGUCAUUGCUUCUGAGGAAAGAGGUGGGAGUUUUGUGGUUUGUUUGUUUAUUUGCUUGUUUGUUUUUUUGCAAAGCCUAGCUGUCAUCUUUAUUGGCUUAGGGUUUUCCUCAUAGAAAUGCCCAAACAUGUUGAAAGUGAAGGGAAUUUUCUUUCUUGCCCUUCUCCCUUGGGCUCAAAAGUUCUUCAAGAGUCUGAUUUCCAGGAGAACUAAUUUCUGGACACAAAGGUUGUUUGAGCCAGUGGGUCCAUACAUCAGGUCCCCUCCAUACAUCAGGUCCCUCCAUACAUCAGGUCCCUCCGUACAUCAGGUCCCUCCCUACAUCAGGUCCCUCCCUACAUCAGGUCCCUCCGUACAUCAGGUCCCUCCGUACAUCAGGUCCCCUCCAUACAUCAGGUCCCUCCAUACAUCUGGUCCCUCCAUACAUCAGGUCCCUCCAUACAUCAGGUCGCUCCAUACAUCAGGUCGCUCCGUACAUCAGGUCCCUCCGUACAUCAGGUCCCCUCCAUACAUCAGGUCCCCUCCAUACAUCAGGUCCCUCCGUACAUCAGGUCCCUCCGUACAUCAGGUCCCCUCCAUACAUCAGGUCCCUCCGUACAUCAGGUCCCCUCCAUACAUCAGGUCCCUCCAUACAUCAGGGAGAUGUGAGUUGCUUGUUGCUAAUCUCAUGGGCAGGCUUAAAUUACCACUCUUCCUUCAGAAGUCAGAGGAGUUUGUACUAGGAAACCUGAAUUUUAGGAAAUAAUCCUAGAUUGUGACAGUGGCUUAAGAUUCUAAUGCAAAGAAUCCAUCACUUACAUGUACAUAAAUACACAGGCACAGAUAGACAUAUAGAAGAUAGAUAUGUGUAUGUACACAUAGAUGCAUAUGUACACACACAUAGAUAUAUAUAC